GCUAGCCGUGCCUGAAGCUUCCAAAAUCUUAUCCAAGUAUGCAUUGCAUUGAUGGGGUUGGUGGCAUCAUGGAGGGAAGAAACAAGGCAUUAAAAUUUAUUGAAGACGUUACUAUUAAUGCUGAAGAAGUGCAGAAGCGAGUUCUAUCCGAAAUUCUCUCUCGUAGCGCCAAUGCCGAGUACCUGCAAAGAAAUGGCCUUAACGGAUGUACAGAUAGAGAAACAUUUAAGAAGGUGAUGCCUGUUGUUUCAUAUGAAGAUUUAAAGCCAGAUAUUGAGCGUAUUGCCAAUGGUGAUACUUCAGCAAUUCUCUGCUCCCAACCCAUAUCAGAGUUCCUGACAAGCUCUGGUACAUCUGCUGGAGAACGGAAAUUGAUGCCAACGAUAGAAGAGGAGCUGGGGAGGAGAUCGCUGCUUUAUAGCCUGUUGAUGCCUGUGAUGAGCCAAUUUGUUCCGGGGUCGGACAAAGGGAAAGGAAUGUACUUUUUGUUUAUAAAAUCAGAAGCUAAGACCCAGGGAGGACUCGUGGCUCGUCCCGUCUUAACCAGCUAUUACAAAAGCUCACAUUUUAAGGACAGGCGUAGCGAUCUGUACAACAACUAUACAAGCCCCAAUGAAACCAUUCUCUGCCUAGAUUCUUACCAGAGCAUGUACUCUCAGUUGCUCUGCGGCCUUUGUCAAAGCAAAGAAGUUCUUCGCGUUGGUGCAGUUUUUGCUUCUGGUUUCAUUCGAGCAAUCCAGUUCCUUGAAAAACAUUGGAGUCUUCUUUGCAGUGAUAUUCGGACAGGAACUGUAGACUCUAAAAUCACUGAUGCAUCCGUAAGAGAAGCUGUCUUGAAAAUACUCAAACCAAACUACAAGCUUGCUGAUUUUAUUGAGGCAGAAUGUAGUAAAGGGUCAUGGAAAGGGAUCAUAACUAGGCUGUGGCCUAACACUAAAUAUAUAGAUGUUAUAGUUACUGGAACCAUGUCUCAGUAUAUUCCUACACUAGAUUAUUACAGCAAUAGCCUUCCUCUUGUUUGCACCAUGUACGCUUCUUCCGAGUGCUAUUUCGGAAUUAAUCUCAACCCUCUAAGCAAGCCUAGCAAGGUAUCUUACACCCUCAUUCCCACCAUGGCCUAUUUCGAGUUCUUGCCAGUGAACAGGAAAAAUGGGUUAACUGGUUCCAUCUCUGAACCCGCAUCUCUGAAUGACAAUGAAAAACAAGAACUUGUCGAUCUUGUCAAUGUCAAACUGGGACAAGACUAUGAGCUUGUUGUCACAACAUAUGCAGGUCUUUAUCGUUAUCGAGUUGGGGACAUACUUCGUGUCGCUGGAUUCAAGAACAAGGCCCCACAAUUCAACUUCAUAUGCAGGAAAAAUGUUGUUCUUAGCAUUGAUUCUGAUAAAACCGAUGAAGUGGAGCUACAAAAUGCAGUGCAAAACGCUGCAAACCAACUUUUGCCAUUUGAAGCAUCUUUGACAGAAUACACCAGCUAUGCAGACACAUCAUCAAUCCCUGGCCACUAUGUGCUGUACUGGGAAAUCAAAGUUAAUGACGCAACUUUAAUUCCUCCAUCCGUUUUUGAGGAUUGUUGCUUCGCAGUUGAAGAAUCACUCAACAGCGUCUACCGCCAAGGGCGAGUUUGGGACAAGUCCAUUGGGCCUCUGGAGAUAAAAAUAGUGGAGAAUGGGACAUUUGACAAGCUCAUGGACUUUGCUCUUAACCAGGGUGCAUCCAUAAACCAGUACAAGACACCAAGGUGUGUCAAAUAUGUUCCCAUCGUCGAGCUUCUGAAUUCAAGGGUUAUUUCAAGUUACUUCAGUCCAAAAUGUCCUAGAUGGACUCAGGGCCACAAGCAAUGGAGCACUCAAAACUGAACAAGCUAAUCAUUGGGAAAGUGAUAGGAGCUUUUAUGUAUGUUGUAAGUUUCAGGGACACGUGGGGAUUAAUUGAACAAUUUUUCUGUGUUGAAAAAGGG